AUGAAUAGAAAUUGCAACCAACUGGUACACAAAGAGCAUUAUUUGAAACACUCAUACCAUAUUGUAUCAUAUCUAUCUAUCUAUCUAUCUAUCUAUCAAAUUGUGUUGUUUAUAUCUAUCUAUAUAUCUAUCACAUUGUGUUUUUUAUAUCUAUCACAGAGUGUUUGUAUAUCUAUCUAUCUAUUUAUCUAUCUAUCAAACUGUGUUUUUUAUCUUUAUCUAUCUAUCUAUCAAAUUGUGUUUUUUUAUAUCUAUCUAUCUAUCUAUCUAUCUAUCACAUUGUGCUUUUUAUAUCUAUCACAUUGUGUUUGUAUAUCUAUCUAUCUAUUUAUCUAUCUAUCAAACUGUGUUUUUUAUCUUUAUCUAUCUAUCUAUCAAAUUGUGUUUUUUUAUAUCUAUCUAUCUAUCUAUCUAUCUAUCUAUCUAUCUAUUUAUCUAUCGAUCAAAUUGUGUUGUUUUUAUAUAUAUAUAUAUAUAUCUAUCUAUCUAUCUAUCUAUCUAUCUAUCAAAUUGUGUUGUUUUUAUAUCUAUCUAUCUAUCUAUCUAUCUAUCUAUCUAUCUAUCACAUUGUUUUUUUAUAUCUAUCUAUCUAUCUAUCUAUCUAUCUAUCUAUCUAUCUAUCUAUCUAUCUAUCUAUCAGUCUCUUCAUAUCGAUCUAUCUAUCUCAGCCCCCUUUUUAUCUAUCUAUUUUCUCCAGAGUAG